CUUGCUAUGCUCUGAAGCUCAGCGCUGUGUUCUCUCCGAUUUCGAACUCAACGUACCGGUCGCCCCAAGCAUGGCGAGCGGCGCCCCGCCGGGAUGCUAUCUCCUGCUCGUCCUGGGACAGCCCUGCGCCCAGGAACAUAAGGAGCACAUCCUCAAGAAAGUUGAAGAAGGUCUCUUAUCAUGGGAUGUGGAAAACACAAAAUGCAAUUUAAUGGGCCUAGACACUGUAUGCUCUAAUCUAGAAUCUUCAAAAGAAACUGAAAGUGAAUUACUCAUACAAUAUUCUACAGAAAAUUUAGCGGUGGAAGUACUUUUGAAUCCUCAUGUGAGUACCCUCAAGCAAUGUUUAAAGAACCUCCUUGCAGCCAACGUAGGCCACAAACACGUCAUCCAUGCCGGUUACGCUUUCACCGGUUCUGGGUCUUGGGUUCUUCAAGACGGAAGUUUCUCUUACGACGAUUUCGUGGACACUUUACAAGACGCAGAUGUACAAAGAGCCCUGAGACGCCAUCUCGGGUACACAAUACACGUACACUGCAUUCCAGAAGGUCCGUGGGCUCAAAAAGGUGAUGAUGAAGGAGCUUUAAACAAAAUCUAUGAAUCCUUAUAUAUCAAUCCUGCCAGUCGAGUAUCUGUUGUUCCCGGAUCAGCCAUUUUAUUAAACUGUCUUGAUUCUGUUUUAAGAUUCCAGCCUCUCACUGAAAUGAUGAAAUCCUCUCCGGUUGUCGGGAAUAUUCGCUUCAACAGACCUACGCUCUAUGUAUUCCCUGGCGGUCAAGGAGACUGUGCUCUCUUCGGAGUCAGUGGUUUCACAAUGCUCAUCGAUGGAGGUUUCAACCGCAAGCCAUGUUUUUGGGAAUUCAUAAGACACCUAGAUCGUCUGGAUGCUAUUAUGAUCACACGUCUCAACGAAAACAACGUGUGUGGUAUCACAAAUGUCGUUCGUCGCAAAAUGGAAGGAAAGAGAGUGUAUCCUCAAGUUGGCUACGUGUUUUGCAAUGUAGCCGAAGGAAAACAAAGCCCAACGAGUCCGGGAUCUACUGGUCAAGACAGGGAUCCAUUACUAGUUAGUGUAAUCCAAGAAGGACGUGAAUUUAGUGAAAAUUUGCAACAGCUUGGACUUAAACCUCACCGGUGUCUUAGGGACUGUCAAGUUGAACCACUGACUCUCUUUCAUAAAGUUGGGCAUGGCACUUUAGAAAUGUACGUGCUUAGUCCUCCUAAAGACAGUAAAGAAAUGAAAAUGUUUUUUCAACAAUGGACUUCUUAUAAGGAACAUUUCAGUUCAAAAAGGUACCUCGAUGAUCGGGAAGUUCCUAUUCCUUUAUCACACGCUAUGUCAAUAUGUGCACUGCUAGUAUGGAAGCCAGCUGAUCCGGCAGAUACAAUUACCAGGGUACUACUUCCAGGCAGUGCUCCUCAAAGUAAAAUAUUUGAGGGUCUAGAACAUUUAAGACAUCUGGAAGAGCUUAAGCAUAGGACAUGCAGUCAGUUAUCUUUAGGCAUUAAAUAUGAAGAACGAGUAAAAGUGAAAACUACUAAAAAACAGGUUGUCAAAAGUGUAACAGCUAAACAAAAGGCUGAAAUUAUCCGCCCGUCUUCCCCAAUAAAGGUUAGUAAGGAAAUAGAGGAUCAAGCAAAACUACAAAGAAAAAGAGCUGAAUCUCCAAUAAAACAAAUGGGAUCACCCGUAAGAAAACUUAAAAAAACGACAAAAAAAACCGAGGAGAAAAAAAUUCUGCUGACAAAAGAUGAAGUUGCGAUAAAAAGAGCUAUAAGUAAAGAGAUAAAAUCUGUGUCGAAAAAGAUUAAAAAGCGUAGUCGAAGUAAAGAACAGCGUUUCAUUAAGGGAGAUGAGAAAAUAACUACCGGUGCUCCAGAAGGAGAAAUAAUUCCAGACGAUACUGUGAUUUCAGUAGAAAGUGAAUCGCAGCCAAUGUUAGAAAGUGAAGGGAUUAAAGAAAUCGAAUCUCCGAAAAAAGAAGAAUAUGAUGCUACUGCUGAAGAGGAAAAAAUUUUGCUUGAAACAAAAGAACGUGAAAAGGAAGUACCAAGCACUCCAGAAGAAGAGCAUAUAACUGUAGAAACUCCAGAAGAAAUAGAAAGUGAUAAAGAUGAGAAAAUCACAGAAGAAAAGAGAGAAGACGAGGUGGAUAAGUCUCCAGUACAUGAAGAGUUAAAGUCACCAAUUAAGGAUGAUGAAGAAAUAGUUAAAGUGGAGGAAAUUCCAGAACCCUCAGAUCUUAGUAAAGAAAUUUCAGAAACAAAAACGCCGACAGAAGUCGAAGCUGAAGCGAUAGAACAUAUCAAACCUGAAUCUCCCGUCCAAGCUGAGGUCGCGGAAUAUCCUGUUAUAAUUAAAGAGACCAAGCUACCUUCACCGGACAAAGAAAAGGAAGUAGAAUCUAAAACGAUGCCUGAAAAGAUUCCUAAGAAAAAAAUUGUUAGCAAACCAACGCCUUCAAGAACUAUUUCAUCCUUAUCUGAAACACCAAAAAUUCGCAGAGAGCAAGAAAUUAGAAAAACACAGGUGAGAAAAGAUAAAGCUGUGGAAAAAGAGAGCAAGGUCAAAGUAAUUUCCAGAACCACUAAGACUAUAAGCAAAACAAUGGGUGCACAAAGUCCAGUUGAAAGUACUUUACGAACGCCACCAUCAAAACCUGCAACUAAACCAAAGGAACAAAAAACGUUUCGACAACCUAAAACUUCGACCCCAAUUAAAGCAGCACAAAGAUCUGAGCCUAAACCGAUAAAAAUACCAGGCAUAACCGAGAUAAAAACAAAGAUGGCAAAGGAUGUAGUCAAUAAACGUGUGGCUGAAAGUAAAGUUACAGCGAAACAACUUGAAACUGUUAAAUCUAAAGCUCCUACAACUCUCCCGAAAAGUCCUAUAAAGAAACCAAAAGAGAAAUUACCUGUAAUGUCGCCUAAAAAGAAACCUAAAACAACAACAGCUGCUCCAACACGAGCUACUAAACCUUCCAAAGACAAAACGAAGCCAAAGCCAGUAAAACGACCAGAAAAAAUAAAAGAAAUCAUUCCGUCCGCACCCGAAGACAUUAAAGCAGAAAAACUAGAAGAGAAGGGACCAACUGUAACAGAAGAAGAAGCCAUUCCGUCCCAGGUAUCUACGCCCCUUGAAAAAUCUGAAGGGGAAGAAAUGAUUCAAAGUGUUCCAUCCAGUCCAAAGGAUGUGCAGCCUCAUAUUGAAGACAUCACAGAAGAAAUAGCAGAAAAAACUCCGUCCGAAGCAGAGGAGAAAGAAAUUGUUGCUGCAGAAGAGCAAGCCCCUAUCAUAUCAGAACCUGAGGAACUGGGAGAAAAAGCUGAGGGUGAUAAAGUUUAUGAUGAGCAAAUGAUUGUAAAAGAAAUAGAAGCUGUUGAAGCAGCAGUGGAUGAAUUAAUAGAAGGAAUGCAAGACUCUAAGAUUAAAAUCCUUCCUACCGUAGAAAAAGAAUUAGAAAUUACUCAGAAGGAAAGACAAGACAUCGAACCUCAAGAAAAGGAAGAAGUCGCAGUUCUUACUGAGGAUACUUUACGAAGAAAAAGUGAAGCAGAAACUCCUGUCGAAGUUAUAAUCGAUCUUGAAAAAUUAGAUUUAUCUAAAGUGGAUGUAAUAAAGUUGAAAGAAACUGUAGAACCUGUCAUUCGGCCUGAAUUAUCCUUUAUCAAAGAAUGUAUGAAAUCGAGAGACAUUUAUUUAGAAGAUUAUGAAACGACAAUUUUCGAAACCAUUUUAAUAAUUUUAAAACAAAAAAAUGUUUCCUUGCCUGUGGAAUCAAUUCGCGAAUAUAUAAGUGAAAAUAAAUUUGAAAUAGUUGAAAUAAUUUGCAACGAAUACAAAAAACGCCUUCAAGAAGUAGAAGAAAUUGUUCCACCAGUAGUAGAGGCUGAAGUAACACUUGAAGAAAUUACGAAACCGAAAGUCACUUACAAAGAUAUAAAGCAGCAUCUAACACCAGAAUCAACAGCUGCUAUUUCUUCACUUGUGAAUGAAAUCAGGGAAGAAAUUGACAUUGAUAACUUGGAAGAAAAAAUUGCUGAAGUGGCAUACGAAUGCCUUCAACAGAAAUCAAUAACUCCGACAAAGGAAACUUUUACAAAAUAUAUUAUUGAAUACAGAGUAGAAAUUGUGACCAUAAUUAGAAAAAGAUAUAUUGAAGAACGUGUUGAAGAAGGUGAAGAAGAACCAACACGUCCCGCAGAAAAAGAAGAGAGACCAAUCAAAGAAGUGGUUUCUCCGGAGUCAGUUAAAAAAUGCUUGACGACGAAAGGAGAAGAAGAAAUAAAUAAACUCAUAAAAGAUAUUAAACUUGAAGGGGUGUCUUAUGAUGGCCUUGAAGACACAGUUUAUGAAAUUAUUAGCUCAGGAUUACCGGAGAAGCACAUUUUUGUUAAUGAAGAAAUAAUAAUUAUGUACAUAAUUGAAUACAGAAAACAAAUUAUAACAAAAAUCAAAGAAAACUAUAUACGAGGACUCACAGAACACAAAGAGGAUGAAAUUACUGAACCAGACUUCAAACAAUAUUUAACACCAGAAUCAACAGCUGCUAUUUCUUCACUUGUGAAUGAAAUCAUGGAAGAAAUUGACAUUGAUAACUUGGAAGAAAAAAUUGCUGAAGUGGCAUACGAAUGCCUUCAAGAGAAAUCAAUAACUCCGACAAAGGAAACUUUUACAAAAUAUAUUAUUGAAUACAGAGUAGAAAUUGUGACCAUAAUUAGAAAAAGAUAUAUUGAAGAACGUGUUGAAGAAGGCGAAGAAGAACCAUCACGUCCCGCAGAAAAAGAAGAGAGACCAAUCAAAGAAGUGGUUUCUCCUGAAUCAGUUAAAAAAUGCUUGACGACAAAAGGAGAAGAAGAAAUAAAUAAACUCAUAAAAGAUAUUAAACUUGAAGGGGUGUCUUAUGAUGGCCUUGAAGACUCAGUUUAUGAAAUUAUCAGCUCAGGAUUACCGGAGAAGCACAUUUUUGUUAAUGAAGAAAUAAUAAUUAUGUACAUAAUUGAAUACAGAAAACAAAUUAUAACAAAAAUCAAAGAAAACUAUAUGCGAGGACUCACAGAACACAAAGAGGAUGAAAUUACUGAACCGGACUUCAAACAAUAUUUAACACCAGAAUCAACAGCUGCUAUUUCUUCACUUGUGAAUGAAAUCAUGGAAGAAAUUGACAUUGAUAACUUGGAAGAAAAAAUUGCUGAAGUGGCAUACGAAUGCCUUCAAGAGAAAUCAAUAACUCCGACAAAGGAAACUUUUACAAAAUAUAUUAUUGAAUACAGAGUAGAAAUUGUGACCAUAAUUAGAAAAAGAUAUAUUCAAGAACGUGUUGAAGAAGGCGAAGAAGAACCAUCACGUCCUGCAGAAAAAGAAGAGAGACCAAUCAAAGAAGUGGUUUCUCCUGAAUCAGUUAAAAAAUGCUUGACGACAAAAGGAGAAGAAGAAAUAAAUAAACUCAUAAAAGAUAUUAAACUUGAAGGGGUGUCUUAUGAUGGCCUUGAAGACUCAGUUUAUGAAAUUAUCAGCUCAGGAUUACCGGAGAAGCACACUUAUGUUACGGAAGAAAUAAUAAUUACGUACAUAAUUGAAUACAGAAAACAAAUUAUAACACAAAUCAAAGAAAACUAUAUGCGAGGACUCACAGAACACAAAGAGGAGAAAAUUACUGAACCGGACUACAAAAAAUAUCUAACACCAGAGUCUACAGCUGCAAUUUCUUCACUUGUGAAUGAAAUCAGGGAAGAAAUUGACAUUGAUAACUUGGAAGAAAAGAUUGCUGAAGUGGCAUACGAAUGCCUUCAAGAGAAAUCAAUAACUCCGACAAAGGAAACUUUUACAAAAUAUAUUAUUGAAUACAGAAUAGAAAUCGUAACCAUAAUUAGGAAGAGAUAUCUUAAAGAGCGUGCUGAAAUAGAUGAAGAAAAAAUACCAAGUCCAGCAAAAGAAGAGACAUCAAUGACAGAAGAAUUUUCUCCAGAUCUAAUAAAGAAGAUAGGAGAAGAAGAAAUAAAUAAACUUAUAGAUCAAAUUAAACACGAAGGUAUUUCAUAUGAUGAUUUGGAUGAAACAGUUUAUGAAAUCGUAAGCUCAGAAUUACAGAAGGAAAAAGUUACUAUUACAGAAGAAAUGAUAAUUUUAUACAUAAUAGAGCAUAAAACAGACAUUAUAUCUCUCGUCAAAAAGAAAUAUUUGACUUCAAUUGAAAAAGUUAAAGGCAUAGUCUCUGAAGAAUAUGAACAAGAAAAGACACCUCAUCUCGUGAAUAUUAUGGAAUGUAUGACACCAGAAGUGAAAAACGUUAUCAAUGAUCUCGCGAAAGAUAUACAAGUAGAAAAAGAGAUGUUAGAAAAUACGAUAGAAGUAAUUCUUCAGACUUUAAGUGAAAAAAUGGAAGAAAAAUCUAUUUCACUUGAAAGCAACACAAUCAUAAAAUUUGUCACGGAAAAUAAAAAAGAAAUUGCGAAUCUAGUGCAAAAAAAGCUUACAAGUGAAACAAAAGAACUUCUAACACAAGAAAUUGCGGGAACUGAAGAGAUUCUGACACCGGAACUAAUCAAAACAUAUCUAACAUCCGAAGCUAAUGAUAUAGUAACCAUAUUUAUUGAAGAGUUGAAACUAGAAGAAAUUUCAGAAACUCAAUGUGAACAAAUAACUUUACAUACUAUAUUAGAAGCAAUUAACAAGCAAAAAAUUCAACACACAUCAAAGAGUGUCUCAAAAUACAUCAUAGAAAAUCGCAUUUUUAUUUUACAACUAAUCAAAGAAAAAGCAGCUAGUCUUGUAACAAAAGAAAAAGAAAUUUCCAUACCUCAUAAAACACAUGAGGAAGAAUUUGAAAAGGAAAAGGAGCAGUUACAUGAAAGAAAGAGAGAAGCACCCUCACCCAUGGAGGAGAAGACACCCUCGCCAUUGGAGGAGCAAAAGAUACCAUCACCAGUCAAAGAGGACAAGGCCCCAUCACCAGUUAAAGAAUCUAAGGCACCGUCAAAAACUGAAGAGGAAAAGAUUCCUACACCAAUCAAGGAAGAGAAGGACCUCUCCCCAAUAGAGGAGAAAGCACCCUCGCCAGUGGAGGAUCAAAAGAUUUCAUCACCAGUUAAAGAAGAAAAGGCCCCAUCACCAGUUGUAGAAACAAAGGCUCCGUCAACGCCUGAAGAGGAAAAGAUUCCUACACCAAUAAAGGAAGAGAAGGACCUUUCCCCAACAGAGGAGAAAGCACGCUCGCCAGUGGAGGAGCAAAAGAUGCCAUCACCAGUUAAAGAAGAAAAGGAACCAUCACCAGUUGUAGAAACCAAGGCUCCGUCAACACCUAAAGAGGAAAAGAUUCCAACACCAAUCAAGGAAGAGAAGGCACCCUCCCCAAUCGAGGAGAAAGCAGCCUCGCCAGUGGAGGAGCAAAAGAUUCCAUCACCAGUUCAAGAAGAAAAGGCCCCAUCACCAAUUAUAGAAACAAAGGCUCCAUCAACACCUGGAGAGGAAAAGAUUCCUUCACCAAUCAAGGAAGAGAAGGCACCCUCUCCAAUAGAGGAGAAACCACCCUCGCCAGUGGAGGAGCAAAAGUUGCCAUCACCAGUUAAAGAAGAAAAAGCCCCAUCACCAGUUGUAGAAACCAAGGCUCCGCCAACACCUAAAGAGGAAAAGAUUUCUACACCAAUCAAGGAAGAGAAGGCACCCUCCCCAAUAGAGGAGAAAGCACCCUCGCCAGUGGAAGAGCCAAAGAUUCCAUCUCCAGUUAAAGAAGAAAAGGCCCCAUCACCAGUUGUAGAAACAAAGGCACCGUCAACACCUGAAGAGGAAAAGAUUCCUACACCAAUCAAGGAAGAGAAGGCAGCCUCCCCAAUAGAGGAGAAAGCACCCUCGCCAGUGGAAGAGCCAAAGAUUCCAUCUCCAGUUAAAGAAGAAAAGGCCCCAUCACCAGUUGUAGAAACAAAGGCACCGUCAACACCUGAAGAGGAAAAGAUUCCUACACCAAUCAAGGAAGAGAAGGCAGCCUCCCCAAUAGAGGAGAAAGCACCCUCGCCAGUGGAGGAGCAAAAGAUGUCAUCACCAGUUAAAGAAGAAAAGGCCCCAUCACCAGUUGUAGAAACAAAGACUCCGUCAACACUUAAAGAGGAAAAGAUUCCAACACCAAUCCAGGAAGAGAAGGCACCCUCCCCAAUAGAGGAGAAAGAACGCUCGCCAGUGGAGGAGAAAAAGAGGCCAUCACCAGUUAAAGAAGAAAAGGCCCCAUCACCAGUUAUAGAAACAAAGGCUCCGUCAACACCUGAAGAGGAAAAGAUUCCUACACCAAUGAAGGAAGAGAAGGCACAAUCCCCAAUAGAGGAGAAAGCAGCCUCGCCAGUGGAGGAGCAAAAGAUUCCAUCACCAGUUCAAGAAGAAAAGGCUCCAUCACCAAUUAUAGAAACAAAGGCUCCAUCAACACCUGGAGAGGAAAAGAUUCCUUCACCAAUCAAGGAAGAGAAGGCACCCUCCCCAAUAGAGGAGAAAGCACCCUCGCCAGUGGAGGAGCAAAAGUUGCCAUCACCAGUUAAAGAAGAAAAGGCCCCAUCACCAGUUGUAGAAACCAAGGCUCCGCCAACACCUAAAGAGGAAAAGAUUUCUACACCAAUCAAGGAAGAGAAGGCACCCUCCCCAAUAGAGGAGAAAGCACCUUCGCCAGUGGAAGAGCAAAAGAUUCCAUCUCCAGUUAAAGAAGAAAAGGCCCCAUCACCAGUUGUAGAAACAAAGGCACCGUCAACACCUGAAGAGGAAAAGAUUCCUACACCAAUCAAGGAAGAGAAAGCACCCUCCUUAAUGGAGGAGAAAGCAGCCUCGCCAGUGGAGGAGCAAAAGAUGUCAUCACCAGUUAAAGAAGAAAAGGCCCCAUCACCAGUUGUAGAAACAAAGACUCCGUCAACACUUAAAGAGGAAAAGAUUCCAACACCAAUCCAGGAAGAGAAGGCACCCUCCCCAAUAGAGGAGAAAGAACGCUCGCCAGUGGAGGAGAAAAAGAUGCCAUCACCAGUUAAAGAAGAAAAGGCCCCAUCACCAGUUAUAGAAACAAAGGCUCCGUCAACACCUGAAGAGGAAAAGAUUCCUACACCAAUCAAGGAAGAGAAGGCACCCUCCCCAAUAGAGGAGAAAGCAGCCUCGCCAGUGGAGGAGCAAAAGAUUCCAUCACCAGUUCAAGAAGAAAAGGCCCCAUCACCAAUUAUAGAAACAAAGGCUCCAUCAACACCUGGAGAGGAAAAGAUUCCUUCACCAAUCAAGGAAGAGAAGGCACCCUCCCCAAUAGAGGAGAAAGCACCCUCGCCAGUGGAGGAGCAAAAGUUGCCAUCACCAGUUAAAGAAGAAAAAGCCCCAUCACCAGUUGUAGAAACCAAGGCUCCGCCAACACCUAAAGAGGAAAAGAUUUCUAUACCAAUCAAGGAAGAGAAGGCACCCUCCCCAAUAGAGGAGAAAGCACCUUCGCCAGUGGAAGAGCAAAAGAUUCCAUCUCCAGUUAAAGAAGAAAAGGCCCCAUCACCAGUUGUAGAAACAAAGGCUCCGUCAACACCUGAAGAGGAAAAGAUUCCUACACCAAUCAAGGAAGAGAAAGCACCCUCCUUAAUAGAGGAGAAAGCAGCCUCGCCAGUGGAGGAGCAAAAGAUGCCAUCACCAGUUAAAGAAGAAAAGGCCCCAUCACCAGUUAGGAAGAGACUCCUAAACGAAUCAAGGAAGAGAAGGCACCCUCUCCAAUAG